AUGCUCGACCAUACACCUACCUCCUGUCAUAUCACUUACAAAGCCGCGGGAAAUACCAAUGCUUUUGAUCCAUAUGCUUUUGCCAGCCGCAGCUCACAGGUCAGUGUCACACCGAAUGAAGCCGGCGCAUCAGAUGAAACCGAGGUCGAGCCAGCUGAGCUAUUUGCGUCUACGUCAAAUUCAGGAGCGACUGGCACGGAUCUCCAUGACGAACAUAUGGGCGAGGAACAGGUUAAUGUACUUGUCAUUAUCUUUCUGGCCGUCGUCCUUGCUGUCGUGGCCAUGAUGAUACCUCUAUGA